UAUGUGUUUUGUUUUCUUGUCUUACUGUAGGCUCCAGCAUGUGAACAUGCCUUCUGUCAAGCAUGCAUUCAGGAGUGGCUAUGUCGCCAAGCAACAUGCCCAGUUGAUAGACAGUGCAUCAACAGUGUCCAGCUGAAACCAGUUCCCCGAAUCUUGAGAAAUCUUCUGUCAAGAUUGAUGAUCCGAUGCGACUUUGCUGAACAUGGUUGCAGUGCUGUGGUUGGUCUUGAUGGCAUCACAAGCCAUUUGGAGAGCUGUGAACAUAAUCCGAAGAAGCCAGUCACUUGUGAGAAAGGCUGUGGAUUGGUCAUUCCCAAAGAUGAAAUCAAAGAACACAACUGUGCCAAGAAUUUACGAGCAAUCUGUCACACCUUGCAGCAGCAGAUGAGUAGUAUGCAGGCAGAGCUGACAGAACUUAAAACAGAGAAUGAACAGCUGCGAAGGGAGAUGCAACUUGUACGAGAUUUUAUUCGUGCUGUGCGAGGCUCGAAUCCUACUAUGAUGGCCAUUGCAGACCAGUUAGAGCAGAGUGAAGUGGUCAGAUGGAGUAAUUCCCUUCAAAGGGCACGUGUGACUCGAUGGGGUGGCAUGAUCUCUACACCAGACACUGUCUUACAGGCUGUGAUCAGAAGGGCACUGGCAGAAUCUGGGUGUCCUCCUCUCAUCAUCAAUGAUCUGAUGGAGAACAGUCAUGAAAGGCGUUGGCCAAGUGGCCUCUCAACCUUGGAAACAAGGCAGAUGAAUCGACGCUUCUAUGACAAUUAUGUAUGUAGAAGAGUUCCUGGAAGGCAAGCUGUGGUUGUAAUGGCAUGUGAAAAUCAACAUAUGAAUGAGGACAUGCUCAUGGAACCAGGUGUGGUUAUGAUCUUUGCUCAUGGUGUUGAAUGAGAGAGAGGUGGUGCCUUUCAUUGCUCUUUGUUAUCCAUUGCUUCCUAUGGUUACCGUCUUGUUAAAUUGUAUAAUGAUGAAGCAAGGAAACAUUCUGGCAGUGCUUUGACUUGGCAUUUUUGUGCUGAAACAACUGGAAUUGAUGGAGCUUCAUGAAGGAAGUCAUGUUAUUUUGCAGUUCCUGGUGAUUACCUUGUAGAGGUCAUCAGAUAUCAUGACCUGACAUCCCAACAGAGUCCAAAAGAGCAGCAGGAGCUCAACAAUAUUCUCAAAUCAAUCCCCAAGUCUUAUCUCUUUCUCUCCCAGAACUUCCAUUUAUUCUCAUGAUUGGAAUAUCUCUUACAUUUCAACUUAACUUCAUUGAUCAUCCAAUUCAGGUUUGAGCUGAAUUGUUUAAGGCCCAGAUUGGAAAAACAGGCCAUUUCCCUUG